AUGGGCAAUCCAAUAGUGCUAUUGUAUGGCCGUGCGCAAUACGAACUUUCGGAAUGGAAAUAUACGACACAGCUUCGGAUUAAAACUGGAACUGCUGAAAAGCGGCAAGGAGUGCGUACAGUGGACAAAUUGUUAGUUGAAUUUGGUAAUCGAAUACCGCCUUUGUUAUUAAAUGUGACGGAUACAAAAGUCAAACGAAUUAAAUUCGAAAUGCGAUUAAUAAACAAGUCAUAUGAACAAUUGCCGACAUUCCAAAGUGGAGGCGAUGUAAUAUUAUUAUUUGAACAAAAUAAAAAGUUAUACGUUGACAAAGCGUUGUUAGCUGUACAUUCUCGUUAUAUGGCGUCAAUGCUUCACGAUGCUGCACCCAAUGCUAUGAUUGAUAUGUGCUUCUUCGGUCGUGAUGAUUUUUUGGAGCUGCUUUAUCAAAUAUAUAAUACUAAGCGACCAAUUUCUGCCAAUCUUUUUGCACUUUCACGAGCAGCAAUAAGUUAUAGGGCAAAUGUGAUCUUGGCUAGAAUCACAAAAUUUAUAUCUAAUCUUGAUAUGGAUUUAAUAUCCAAAUUUCAAUUAGCUAUUCAAUUGGAAUUGGACCACACACUUAUCGAAUUAGUUUACGACGCCGAACAACGAGGUAUAUGGAGAGAUCUGAUCGAACAAGGAUUUGAACCAAAAUCUCUUGGUACCGAAAUUUACCAUCGCAUUAUUUGUCCGGCAAUAAUUAAAGCUCGGCAAUAUCGCUUAGGCAUCAGUCCUUACUCGUCACAUUUACAGUUUAAUUUUUAUAUACCACAAGAUCCGUAUACUGUACCGUUAUUAGUGCUGGGUCAAACAUUAUAUGUUAAUAAGGGCAUAUUAUCAUUAUACAACAUUAAUAUUUUGGAAAAUUUACAAGGCGGAUAUUUUCUACGAAUAACGUCAAAAUUAGCUGCAUUCUGCGCGAAUGCGGGUAUUACCGUUAUAGAUCUGGUCCUGAAAAUGCUACAACAUAUGUAUCCAAGCCAAGUGGUCGUGCCAGGGCCUUAUAUUCGACCAAUGAUGUUAUUGGCAGAGGAACAUGGAAUGAAACGAUUACUGAAUAGUUUAUGCGAAAUGCUGGUGCUGGAGCCAACAUUAUCGCCAACAAGAAUGCUUGAAAAUUUCGAACUUGCAAGCAGAUAUCAUCAUUUAAAUUUAUUAAAUGCAAAUCUAUUACGCAUAGAAGGAAGUUUUAAAAGAAAAGUUGACGAAAUGGUCACAUUAGAAGGAUUUGAUGAAUUACCGGAUAAAAUUCAACAACAAAUUCUGGAGCGGCAAUAUUCUGGAUGGGCAUUGAAUGAUCAACGCUUAGCAAAUGUGCCAACUACAGAUAUGGAGAGGAUAAUAUCAUUAAUUAGUGGUGGAUUGAAGCCGAAUCCAUACGAAGACGAUCCCAAUUUGAUGACAUUUCAAGGUAUGAAAUCAGUGGAAGCAUUUGGUUCCGUGGAAGAAAUAAAUAUUAUAGAUACUUAA